AUGGCGAUGGUGCCGCUGAUGAUGGUGAUAGCGAUGGUGAUAGUGACAUCGACGGUGCUAUCGACUCCAGACCACGAAACCAACUUUCUCCUCCUCCACGCCCUUGCCCUCCCCGCCUCGGCCGUGCAUGCCUCUUACAAUGUCAAGCAAAGGUGCGACUGUUCAAUGAUGUGCAAGGUUUACACAGAGUGUCAGGCGAGUACCCUUGAACAACAGCAGCACGGUUUCUUGUGCCACUUGACCCGUCAGCAAUUAGACGUCGCUUCGUUGGAGGAGAGUGAGAACAGUAUCACCUUUUACCGGUCAGGCAAGUACCUCGAUUAUCAAAAACAUGGUACGUGGUUUUACCGUGUGUACAGCGGCAGCUGGUUCAAUGGUUUUAAACAUUGUUACAAUGACCGAGGACAGCUGGCAGUGGGCGAAACACCCGAUAAAAUAAACGAAAUUACGUCAUUCCUGGAGCAAAACCUUCAGCAAAGCGGAACCUUACAAAAGCCUGAAGUUUCGAACACUGCAAAGAGCCUAUGA